AUGUCGGGGCCGGUGCCCAGCCGGGCCAGGGUCUACGCCGACGUCAACACCCAGAGACCCCGCGAGUACUGGGACUACGAGUCGCACGUCGUGGAAUGGGGCAACCAAGAUGACUACCAGCUUGUGCGGAAACUGGGCCGGGGCAAGUACAGCGAAGUCUUCGAAGCCAUCAACAUCACCAACAACGAGAAAGUGGUGGUGAAAAUCCUCAAGCCUGUGAAAAAGAAGAAGAUCAAGCGGGAGAUUAAAAUCCUGGAGAACCUCCGAGGAGGCCCCAACAUCAUCAGCCUGUUGGACAUAGUGAAAGACCCCGUGUCUCGGACGCCGGCCCUGGUCUUCGAGCACGUCAACAACACAGAUUUCAAGCAACUCUACCAGACGCUAUCGGAUUUUGACAUUCGGUUCUACAUGUAUGAAAUCCUCAAGGCGCUGGACUACUGUCACAGCAUGGGUGUCAUGCACCGAGACGUCAAGCCACACAACGUCAUGAUUGACCACGAGCACAGAAAGCUGCGCCUGAUCGACUGGGGGCUGGCAGAGUUCUACCACCCCGGGCAGGAGUACAACGUGCGGGUGGCCUCCCGGUACUUCAAGGGACCGGAGCUCCUGGUAGAUUAUCAGAUGUACGACUACAGCUUGGACAUGUGGAGUUUGGGCUGCAUGCUGGCCAGCAUGAUCUUCCGGAAAGAGCCCUUCUUCCACGGCCACGACAACUACGACCAGCUGGUGCGCAUCGCCAAGGUGCUGGGGACAGAGGACCUCUACGACUACAUCGACAAGUACAACAUCGAGCUGGACCCCCGCUUCAACGACAUCCUCGGCAGACACUCUCGGAAGCGAUGGGAGCGCUUCGUGCACAGCGAGAACCAGCACCUGGUGAGCACCGAGGCCCUGGAUUUCCUGGACAAGCUGCUGCGUUACGACCACCAGACGCGCCUCACGGCCCGCGACGCCAUGGAGCACCCCUACUUCUGUACGUACCCACCCCCCCACGCCCCCCACGCAUCUCCUGGAGAACCCAUCUCCUCACCCUGA